CCGCGCAGCCGCGGGGAAGAGCCGCGGGUGCGCGGCCCCCAGCCCCCGGCCGCCGGAACAUCUUCAGACACUGAUUUGCAGAAGAUUCUGGAAUACAGAGGAGUAGCUGAGAUUCUUCAGACCAUUUCUUGUCUUCUCUAAACUCAGAAAAUCAUCUUUCAUCUUCUGGAUGUUCAAGCCUUUCACCUUAAACUUUAAGCUUUACCUUUUCUGCCUGGUAACAAGUUACCCUCUCAGUCUGUUCUUAUCUUAAGGGGCUGCGGGAACUGAACUCAGUAGCUGACCAGCAUGGCGAAGGUUAGAGUUGUUCUAACUGUCUGCCAGUUGGUGCUAGAAUUGUUAAUGAAUUCAUUAACUGAGUCUUCCAUACAGAGUAAUGAAUGUCCACAGCUUUGUGUAUGUGAAAUCAGGCCAUGGUUUACACCACAGUCAACGUACAGGGAAGCCACAACAGUUGACUGCAAUGACCUUCGAUUAACAAAAAUCCCCAGCAAUCUUUCUGGUGACACUCAAGUCCUUCUCUUACAAAGCAACAACAUUGCAAAGACCACAGACGAACUCCAACAGCUCUUUAAUUUAACAGAAUUGGAUUUUUCACAAAAUAACUUCACAAGUAUCAAAGAUGUGGGGCUCUCAAACCUCACUCAACUUACUACUUUGCACCUGGAGGAAAACCAGAUAACAGAGAUGACUGACUACUGCUUGCAAGACCUUUGCAAUCUUCAGGAGCUAUAUAUAAAUCACAACCAGAUCAGCAGCAUAUCUGCAAAUGCAUUCUCUGGCCUGAAGAAUCUUUUAAGAUUGCAUCUCAACUCCAACAAAUUAAAGGUUAUUGACAGCCGGUGGUUUGAUUCUACUCCUAACUUAGAGAUUCUCAUGAUUGGAGAAAACCCAGUGAUUGGAAUACUAGAUAUGAAUUUCAAACCACUCUCAAAUUUAAGGAGUCUAGUUUUGGCAGGUAUGUAUCUCACAGACAUUCCUGGCAAUGCCUUAGUAGGCUUGGAUAGCCUUGAAAGUCUUUCCUUCUAUGACAACAAGUUGGUAAAAGUUCCUCAGCUUGCACUUGAGAAAGUUCCAAAUUUAAAAUUCCUGGAUCUCAACAAAAAUCCAAUUCAUAAAAUUCAAGAAGGUGAUUUUAAAAACAUGCUCAGAUUGAAGGAGCUUGGAAUCAAUAAUAUGGGAGAACUCGUUUCUGUUGAUAGGUACGCGCUGGACAACCUGCCUGAACUUACAAAGCUUGAAGCCACCAACAAUCCAAAGCUGUCUUACAUACAUCGUUUGGCAUUUCGCAACGUUCCUGCCCUGGAGAGCUUGAUGCUGAACAACAAUGCCUUGAAUGCAGUCUACCAAAAGACAGUGGAAUCCCUUCCAAACCUGCGUGAGAUCAGCAUCCACAGUAACCCCCUCAGGUGCGACUGCGUCAUUCACUGGAUCAACUCAAACAAAACCAAUAUCCGUUUCAUGGAGCCUCUCUCUAUGUUUUGUGCUAUGCCUCCAGAGUACAGAGGACAGCAGGUGAAGGAAGUGUUAAUACAGGAUUCAAAUGAACAGUGUCUUCCAAUUAUCUCCCGUGAGACCUUUCCAAAUCACUUAAACCUGGACGUUGGCAUGACAGUGUUUUUAGAUUGUCGGGCCAUGGCAGAACCCGAGCCAGAAAUUUACUGGGUCACUCCUCUGGGCAAUAAAGUAACUGUUGAAAGUCUGUCUGACAAAUACAAGCUGAGCAGUGAAGGCACCUUGGAAAUCUCUAACAUCCAGGUUGAAGACUCGGGGAGCUACACCUGUGUUGCUCAAAACGCAGAAGGGGCUGACACAAGGAUUGCUACUCUCCGGGUGAACGGAACGCUUCUGGAUGGUACCCAGGUCCUGAAAAUCUACGUUAAGCAAGCUGAAUCCCAUUCCAUCUUGGUUUCUUGGAAAGUUAAUGCCAACGUUAUGACUUCCAAUUUAAAAUGGUCAUCAGCCACCAUGAAGAUUGACAACCCCCACAUUACAUACACUGCCCGGGUCCCGGUCGAUGUACAUGAAUAUAACCUCACACAUUUACAGCCAUCUACAGACUACGAGGUGUGUCUCACGGUGUCAAGUAUCCAUCUGCAAACACAGAAGUCCUGUGUUAAUGUUACAACAAAAAAUGCAGCUUUUGCUCUAGAUAUUUCAGACCAAGAAACCAGCACAGCCCUUGCAGCAGUAAUGGGAUCCAUGUUUGCUGUCAUCAGCCUGGCCUCCAUUUCUGUUUAUAUUGCAAAACGAUUUAAGAGAAAAAACUACCACCACUCAUUGAAAAAAUAUAUGCAAAAGACCUCUUCGAUCCCACUCAAUGAGCUCUACCCUCCCCUUAUUAAUCUCUGGGAAGGUGACAGUGAAAAAGACAAGGAUGGUUCUGCAGAGACCAAGCCAACCCAAGUCGACACAUCCAGAAGCUAUUACAUGUGGUAACUCAGAGGAUAUUUUGCUUCUGGUAGUAAGGAGCACAAAGACUUUUUUGCUUUAUUCUGCAAAAACGAGAAGUUGAAGACUUUUGUAUUUUUGACUUUGCUAGUUUGUGGCAGAGCAGCGAGGACAGGUGGAUAUUUCAGAAUUUUUUAGUAUAGCGUAUCGCAAUUGUUGGACACACAUGGCAGCUUCACCUAGCUUCCAAUUCUUCUUUUUCUUUUCCUUUUUUUUUUAGUUACCGUGCUAAACUUAAUGCUGUUCUAACUACAGUGCUGAAUCCAAUGAAUGAGAGGCUGGGGUUCCCCUGGGGUUCAAAAGUAGCACCACCCCAUCCUCCUGAAGCCAUCAGCAGAGCGCAGGAUCUCACACAGCUCACACACAGUUUUGAGACUGCAUUGAACUAGGUUUGUAACGCUGGUCUGAGGACUCGUACUGAGGAAAGGAGACCUGGAAUGAUGUUAGUUGACUGUACUGUAAUGUUGUAUCAACUGAUUUGAAUGUUUUUGACUUGGAAUGAUGAGUUUUCCUUUUCCUGUUUAUUUUUGUAGUAGUUGAGAAGGCUUAGGUAAAGCUAACAGGCAGUUUUUUAAUGUAACAGACUAAAUGUUAAUUGCUCUCUUAUUCUUUUUAUUAUAUUUAGUAGACACCUUCAAAGCAUACUAGAGUUUUGUUGUGUUUAAGUCACCAACAGGUGGUGAUUUAGUUUCGUUCUGAUUUUUUUAUUUUAGAAGUCACAAUAGUGUAUUUGGUUUAGAUAUCACUAGUUUGACUGGUGAUCAUGUUUUGACAUAAAAUAUAUCCAAAAUGUUAUAUACAAAUAUUGUGUUUUUUUCUCAAUGGGAUUAUGUUUCAAAAAAAGUUCCUUUUUAAAAAAAAAAAACAACAUUUAUUUUAAUAGCAGUGUUUUCUCUGCACUAGAUGCAAAAUACUGAAAAUAAUUUAGUCACAAAAAUGUAUGGGUACAGCUUUUUGACUGUAAGUCACAUGCAGAAUCAAAACUGUUUGGCAUAAGGUAAACAACAGAAAUAGUUUACCAAGUGUGUAACAAAACAUCUGCCUUUUUGUAUACGUUUCUGUUUAUAUUUUGAGCUAAGAUACAAACGACGCUGACAUUUAGCUGUCAUUAUGAUCAGGUAGGACAAAAAAAACCCAGCUCAGUGCUACCAGACUAAAAUAAAACUCUUGAAUCCUGGCAUAUAAUUAAAAAAAAAAAAGGGGGGGGAGAAUUGGAUUAAUAUUCCUUCAAAAGCAGAAAUUAAGAUAGCAAAAACUAACAGGACAGUAAUAACUUUGGGUCCAAUACUGAGCUGUAUUUUUUACAGGCUUAAAAAUACCAGUACUCUUAAGUAUUUUACUGAAUAAGUCAGAAGUGUGAAAAUUCAAAAAGUGGUGUUUCCAUGUGUGCACUGGGACUAACAUAAAUGCCUAAUUUGCAGUUGAACCCACAGAAGCUUUGUACAGUGUCUUUUCUGAAUCCAUGGCAGCUCUCCCAGGGGCUGCACAGGAGGCCCAUGCAGGGUGGGUUUCUGGGGAAGAAUGUGGUUGCAGUUACAACAGGUACCUAAUCAGCAAGCACAGAUUUUUUACACUUUAUGACCAGUAUUAAUGUAUGACUUUUUACAUGUUUUUACAUACCAGAUACAUUGUUGGUAAGUAAAAGUUAAUUGUUAAAAUAAUUGAUGUGCCUGGGUUUGAGCUGGCUUGCUGUUUUUUAACUCAGUAGCUUCUCAAAUAUAUCAAAGACCCCUCCCAAAAUUUACAAAUAGCUUCAAGCUUAGUUUUCCCCUUCAGCCGGCUGUCUCAAAAUGAAAAAGUUGCCUGCACAGUUUCACUAAUAAGCUGCUUUGGUGCAAAAACUUCAGUACGUCUCUUGGAUACAUGUCGUGUUGAUCUUGCACUUCAACGUGGAGCUGAGUGAAGGUAUUAAUGAUGCAUUUAAAUCAAGUACUUAUGCUGCUGUAUGCAAUCUUUUAUAUGUUUGUGAGGUCUCAUCCAUUUUGAAUUAUGUGACAGUUAGAUGUUGGGAUUAGGCAAAUGUUUUUUGAUCAUGGAGAAGUAGCAUGGUGGAAGCAUUUAUUCAUCACCUGCUCCUGUAUUUGUUUCUAAUGUUAAUGGAAAAUUUCCUCUUGCCUUCUCCAGAAAAGCUUCAGAGCAAUAAUUAUCAUCUUGUCUAACCUUAGAACUGCCUCUGUUAUUACAGCAGGCAUGAUGAAUUCAAACUGAGACCCCUGUUGCUGUGAGGAUUCACUCUACUUUUUCCGGAGAAAAGGACACAGUGAGGAAAAAAAUGACAGCAAAAUUAUGGCUUCCAACUUAUGUUACAUCAUAAAAUUGUCUUUAGAAAAUAAUUAAUUGAACAUGUGUCAGACGGUGCAGAGCAAGCCCCCUUCUCCAAUCAUCUCCUCAGCUUCCUGCAGCACUUGUACAGCUAUACCAUAAAUACUCAGUAACAAAGAUCACAAAAAGCCCACAGUGCUUUACCUGAGCAUCCUGCCAAACCUAUGGCAUAGACCACUUUGGGCCCACCAAUCACCAUAAGCUAAUCAAGCUUGGGGCUGCCCUCCAAAAGAGAGAUCCUGCUCUUCCUGCUCCUUGUCCCCACCUCCCAUCCUUGACUACACGCAACAUUAAGAUCUCUCUGCCUUCUGAACGUGCUCAUAUUGACCAGUCCCUGCUGGUGGAGACAGAGCACACCCAGAACUCUCUGUGUGUGUGUGUGUGUGUGGCCGGGUUUGCUCACACCUGGCUAUCCUGCAGUUCAGGUAGUUUCAGAAACAGAAUGACGGGCACAAAGGAAGGUGGCAGGGAUGCGUGGCCAAGGAGCAGGACUGAGCAGCAAUCAACACUUCAACCAGCAAUUGCCUAGAGAGGCUGGGGGGGUACAGGAAGUAAAACAAUGUUCAACAUUUUCCUUUCCACUGGGGAAAUAAGAGGCCUUUUGUUCCCUGCAGGCCUAUUUGGCAGUUUUAUUUCAUUUAUCAUCUUUUCAGAGCAAUGCUGUUACAGAACAGCAGGAGAAAAUGGCCUUAUGACAGCCAUACACCUCUCCAGGAUGUGCUGAUUUGCAGGAUUUCAGGAAAGCUGAUGUUGCUGGGAGACUUGGGCAGAGAGUCUCAGCUUACCUGAGAGCAGCUGUGCAGCAAGAAGCACCUCAUUAACGGGGUAUAUUCUGCACACACAGCCCUCAGCAAUCAAUGGUUUCAGCCUUGUAAUUUGACACCUUAGAAUUCUGUACAGACCCCCUGGAAAUUUAAAAUUUUGCUAAGAAAAAAAGCAGGUAACAGAUUAAUCACAUGUGGCAUAUAAUCUGAGUAAAUAACCUUCACCCUUGUGCUAGCAAUUUUCUGCUUGCAGUUUAUUGUGAGCAAAAAUAAAAAUACUCUACCUAAUUGCCUUCAAAAUGUAUCUGUAUCUACUAUCCACUGAGGACAGAAAAACACCCCCAGUUUGCUCAGAAGCAGAGACUGAGACUGGCCACUUUGCAAACAGUAUGGGGAAAAACAUCAUUAUCUUUCAUUUGGCUAACAGUUUAGAAAUGCUGUGGUAGGGUAUGCAUUUCAUACCCAACUAGCCUUCCACAGUGUUACUUCCACUUGGUUGCCCAAGAAUAAAAUAUUUCAGUCCCCUGAAGAGUAAAUAGCUCACUCAAGUGUGGUAUGUGGUACUCCAGCUAAAUCCACUUCAUUUCCUCACCUAAAUCACAAUAUCCUGGACAGAGAGGGUGUUUGCAGCCAUGAGCCAAGACUCCCACUGGAUAUGGUCUUGGAAUAAAGUGCACAAACACAGAUACUUUCAUAGAGCUUUGAUCUGCCCUCCCACCCUGCCUCAUGAAUAUGUACUCAGUUACUAAAAGAAGGUUAUGAAAAGACCAAUAGUUGGACCACUGGUUUCAUAAAUGGGUUAAAACUGGAAAUAGGUCAGCAAAUCUGAAAGCCAGUGAGAAGUGCAUCGACUUGACCUGUUGCCACUGACAAGCUGGGAUGUAAGUGAUAAAAGGAGUUCACAUUAGGCAACUCUUUUUGCUUUGUGCUGGCAAUCUUGAAACCAAGACUGUGGACAAACCACCGCAAUGGAAAUUCCUGAAACUGAGUGGGAUAAGCAGCUGAGGGCUAUUGCAGCAUCACCACAGCCAAUGCAACCUGUAUGGGAACAGAACAGUUCACCUGGGGUGUCUAAUCAUUGCAGCACCCUGCAAAGCCUCACGAUGGACACACACACAGUGUGAGUCAUGGUGGAAAAGCACACAGGCACCUGGGACAGGUGCUGGAGGAGCUGUUUCACAAGCCACCCAACACAAUAGGAGUAGCUGUUCAUUACACUGUGAUCCUGUUCCACCACCCACCACUGAAAGCAACGCCAUGAAUCUGCUGCAACCGGGAUCUGCCUUCUCAUGCUUCCCAUGCCCACAGCACAAGUGCUGCAGCCCCAGCGCCCACAGCGACAGAACCCCCAACCGAAGGGCAAGGUGAAGGUGCUGCCAUCAAACUUCUUCAGGAAAAGCCAGAGUGCCUGAGUUGGAGAUACCAAACGCUGUUACACGUGGCCCUUGUUAAAACACUUGACACUGUGUCCCUGCAAAAAAAAAGAGACUACUGCUACCAAGCCCCCUGGAUAGCAUUUCUCAGCAGUGUCAUACACAAGUGGUUUGUUUCCCCUGAACUGUCAAAUCUUGUAAUCUCCUUUUCUGCUCUUUCCAACUACUGCAAUUUUUUAUGUUUGAGAACUGUUAUCCACCCACACCCCUGUACAUUUGCUCUGUAUUCAGCCUUUCCCUGGUCUCAUCCUGCUGCCCACCCUUCUGCCAGUCAAGGGCAAAUCCUUACAGCCUUGGUCAUUGUGACACCUUGUGAGAUUACACUAAAGGACUUCAAAUGUGUAUUUAACUUUGCAGCUACCUGUUUCC